GUCACAAUCAGUUGGCUAAAGAUAUGAACAAGAGGUGAACAAGAGCAUUGCACGUCUUCAUCAAAGUUAAUUUACUCGCUUCUCAGCGCAAUUAGAACAGCCAAACGAGGCUGGAGCCUCAAAAAGGGACAUGGCUUCGCAAAUAGUAACAGUUUUCAAGAAUGGAGACGCUAACUUUUCUGGUAAAAAGCUUGUCGUUAACAAGCGACAGAUUCGGACCAUGGGCGCCCUGUUGGAUAAAGUGACCAAAGAGACACGAAUGAGUCGAGCUGCUAGAGUUAUCAAAACACCAACUGGAAGACACACUGUUAAACAGCUAGAUAGUCUAGAAGCUGGAGGAUGUUAUGUAGCUAUGGGAUCUGAAAGAUUCGUUCCUCUACCUUAUARCGAAAUCAAAGAUAUACAAAGCAAGAAUACACCACGGAAAGAAAUUGAGAUCACUCCAGUUAAACACAGUAGAUUACAGAUGUCUGCAAGAGCGCGRAAAGUAGCUGAGGCCCAGUCGCACAGCCACAAAACUAUACAUGUAUUUCGCAAUGGGGAUGACCUUUAUCCAUCURUAAAGAUGUUGCUUGACAAAAGAGAUCUUAUCUCAUUGGAUACUGUUUUGAGGAUAGUCACAAAGAAAGUUCGUCUCCAGACAGGCGCUGUUUUCUGGCUGUUUACGAUGGAUGGUAAAGAGAUCAAAGAUACUUCAGAGUUGGAAAAUGGAGGGCAAUAUGUGGCAGUAGGACACGGUAAAAAAUUCAAGGAAGUUGCUUACAGUGAUGAUAGCUUGUUGUCACCUAGAAGUCGUGCACCAACAAAGACACAAAGAAGGGAUGCAAAUAAUGGCUCACAACAAAGUAAAUCAAACAGAUCCAAGUCCCAGAACACAGCUUCUAAAAACUCUAAAAGAAAAUCUUCAUCAUCAUCAAACAGUCAAGCAAGUUCACGUAAYGACCAUUCGUCAUCAAGAAAACCAACAGAGGAGUUCCAAGAGGCCAUAACGGAGGAGGUUCAGGAGGAGCUCAUUGGUCAACCAGGUGAUCUGUUCAGUAAAUCACCAGAAAACCUUAUCAGUCAACUACCAGACAAGGUWGCUGAUCACUUCCAAAAAGACCGCAGUCCAACCCCACAGGAAUCCCAUCAGGGGGUCUAUCAAGCAAGUGGAGAGAACCAGGAGAGUGCAAGAGAAGUCCAAGAUGAUAGAGAAAUCAAAGAAGACAAACCGAUUGAUCAGCUGCCAGCAGAAGAGGUAGAUGAAGAGGAAGUUGAAGACAAUUCACAAAACAAUCAAGAAAACCAAAAUGAAGAUAAAGACAAGGACAAGACCAMAGAAGAUGAGGUCCAGMGAGAAARCUCUGGCUUAGGAGGCUUCAUYGGGGAUUUGAUUGAUGAYGUCAGAGAGAAAUUCGACGAUGACGACGAUGAAAAUGCAAAAAAGGAUGAAAAUCCAGAAAAAGAKAACACUUCUGGAUAACAAACAGUACAAGAACAAAUCUAUUUAUUGUAGAUAAAGAGACCAAAGAACCGUGUUUGAGUCAUUAAAAAUUAUUCCACACAAGUAUAACGACUUGUGUAAUAUAUUAUUAUGUCAAGCAAAUCCACCCAUGUUAAGUAUAACAACAAUUAAAAUAGUUAAUACUAAGGAAACAGUUAUUAUGCAGUCAUAUAAAGCAAAAUAUUGAUUAUUUUGAAKGCUAAAUUGCUAAGUGGAUGUGUCAAUGUCUUAAACUUAAAGAAAAAAACAUUCCUAUCUCCUGUUUUUCUUCACUGUAAACAGCUUCUCUUCAUUUAAGCAAUAAUUUUAUUAUACUGGGACACAGUAUUAGUUAAUAACACAYAUUAUUGACUUUAGAAAGCUAUAAUAUCAUCCUUUGAGUAGAGAUACAUAAUGAUUGCACUGUUGUAUUUAAAGCUUUUGCAAUUUAAUUUAUGUUAUAUUUAUUUUUAUUAGAUAUCAUUGCAUASUAUGUUAUUGUUAUAAGCACAAGAAAAUAAUAAAAGCAUUCAGAAUA